AUACUUUAUGUGACCGGAAAAUUAAAUAGCAAGUUUGUGUUGAUAUUAUUCGCGAUUCUAUUUGGAUUCGUUUUCGUUCCAAAGUUUUUAAAGAAACAAUUUAGAAAUAAUCUCGUUCUUAAGCCUGGAACCGAUCUUCGAAAGUUAUGGGAAAAAGCUCCAUUUGCGGUUACAUUUAAGGUUUACAUUUUCAACAUCACUAAUGCCGAUGUCGUCUUGAUGGGAGGAAAACCUCAUGUUGAGCAGAUUGGUCCCUACAUUUUCGAUGAAUGGAAAGAGAAAAUUGAUUUGGUGGAUAAUGAAGAGGCGGAUACCGUCGCUUUUGAUAUGGUGAAUACUUUUAUAUUCCGUCAAGAUUUAUCAGAUGGAUUGACAGGCAAUGAGAUUGUGACAAUCCCGCAUUUGUUAAUUAUGGGAGGAUUAAUUGCCGUUCAAAGAGAUAAAGAACCAUUACUUGAAAUGGCAACCAAAGCAAUGACAACAAUUUUCAAGCCGAAAUCUCCUUUUCUGACAGCACCAGUAAUGGAUAUUUUAUUCAAUGGCGUUGGAAUCGAUUGCAGCUCAGAGGAAUUUGAAGCAAUGUCGUUCUGCAAAGCUUUAGAAAACGAAAAGCCUAUUAAAGUUGUUAACGACACGUAUCUAAAGUUCUCUGUUAUGGGUGGCGCGAAUGCAACGAGCAUGGGUCGUUUCGAAGUUUUCCGAGGGAUUAAAGACAUAAUGCAAUUAGGUGAAGUUGUAAAGUUUGAUGAUGAAGAAGAAGUUGAUGCAUGGGAUGGUGAAUGUAAUGAAAUCAUUGGAACUGAUAGUACAAUUUUUGCUCCAUUCCAUGACAAAAAAGAUAUUUUGUAUGCUUUUGCACCUGAUUUGUGUCGUUCACUUGGCGCUGAAUAUUUAAAACCGUCGUCAUACAAUCACGUCCCUACUGGAUAUUAUUCCAUGAACUUUGGCGACAUAAAGGGUGAUCCUCGUCAACAUUGCUUCUGUCGUGACCAGGACGUUGAAAAAUGUCCACCAUCGGGUACAUUAGACUUAUACCCUUGCACUGGAGCGCCCUUAAUCGCUUCGAAGCCCCAGUUUUUGGAUGCCGAUGAAACGUUAGCUAAAAAUAUUGACGGAUUGAACCCGAAUCGAGCUGAACAUGAUAUAUUUUUGCAUCUCGAAAUGAUGACAUCGACUCCGUUAUCGGCUGCCAAACGAUUACAAUUCGCAUUGGAUUGCGAGCCCGUUGAGAAAUUCGAGCUGAUGUCAAAAUUGCCUCAAACAGUCAUUCCGUUAAUGUGGGUGGAAGAAUCGGUUCAUUUGAACACAACCUACACGGGAAUAUUUCGAGCCGUUUACAUAUUUCUAUCUGUGAAUUCAUUCAUAAAGUAUUCAACAAUGAUCUUUGGAAUUCUCGGCUUAACAUUCGUGGUGUAUCGAAUCAAAAAUGAGAUGGAUGAGAAGAAGAAUUUAAUACAAACCGUCGCUGCUGCUGUAAAUAAAUCUGCGUCGCUUACAUCUGCAGAAUCCGUAACCAAAUCAGCAAUCAUGACUGCAGAGAAAAUUGUUGCUAAUGGUAAUGCUUGAGAGAAAUGAAAUUGUCAGAAAAAUGGUGGGAAGAAAACUUUUUAUUAUGUAGAAGUUUCAUUUGAGAGUUGGUGGAAUGUAUAAUCGAAAUUUCAUUCUCUUUAGUCACUAAAAUUAUUCUUAUAAAACAUUCAAAUAGAUGGAAAAAAAUUCGUAUAGAGUAAGAGACAAAUGAGAGAUAGUUUAGUUAAGCAGUUCAACCCUUUAAUGUUUUCCUUUCUACCCUCAUAUUAGAAUUUCAAAUACCUUGUCACACAUCUGCUCUAGCAAGCAGGAAAUAAGAUUAGUAAACAACUAAAAGCAGGUUCCAGUUCGAGUCAUUUGAAUAAUGAAAUUUCAAUUUGGAUGCAUUUGAAAUGGAGAGAACCAGACUUGGAUGCGAGGGUAUAAAAAGCUCACAUAAUUUCUUAAAAUUUUUGGCAUUCGUCCAUUAAGUCUUUAAAAACAUAUUUUUUUUGCUUUUCUUUCUGACUUUUCUGAAAUUUGAUAUCGCUUCAGUCUUAAUGUUAUCUAAUAAUAUUUUCAUUGUGAUUUACUUAUGCUAAGCAGACUUGCGAAGCGUUAAAUUUAUCAGAGAGAGGAAUGAAGAAGAAAAACAUUUGUUUUGAUGAUUUAUCUGAUCUGCAAUGAUCGAUUUUCUAGAGGGAUUAUGACACCCACGCAUAUUUCAUUUAAUAAUUUAGAAAGUUCUUGGAGUUCAAAAUCAUUAUAAUCACUUUAAAAGUCAAAGUUCUUUCAAUCAAUUUAGUUAUUGAGUGCACGUGUCAGCAGUUUGAACAUUUUUCCUUAAGAGAUUUUUUAUAAAUGUGUGAAUUAAACUUGAUAUGUGAAAUUCGUGGAUGUAUUACAAAUAGCUUUAGCUCAAAAGCUAACAGUGAAGUUCAACAUCAUGUAUUUUAUGUUCAAACUGUUACCAUUCUUAUCAAACUGAAUAAAUUGAAUGUUUGCAGAGCC